AAUACGCCUGCGCAGAGUAAUGAGGAAGUGUUUGUUGUUGACUUCAUAUGAUCUUCCAGUCAUGUCUUGUGAAAGAGGAAAGUAACAGGUUUGUCUACAUCCAGUUCCAGUCGUAGCCAUGGCCAGCUCCGUGGCCUACACUCUGGCCCUCGGCCUGGCCUCUAUAACCCUGGGGACCAGUCGCAACCUGCUUCUCAAGUUCUCUGAAAAUGCUGAUAACAAGUACGACUUUCUCCCUGCAUCUGUCAAUCUGCUUGCUGAGGCCCUCAAACUGCUCGUCUGUCUGGUUAUGUCAGUUGGAGUCAUAGUCAGAGAGGGCCAAUCGUGCAAAGAGCUGGGUUUCGCCUCCGGUUCAUCCUUCCUCUCCUCCUUAAAAUGGGCCAUCCCUGCUUUCCUCUACUUCCUCGACAACCUCAUUGCGUUCUAUGUGAUGUCCUACCUGCAGCCGGUCAUGACAGUGCUGUCCUCCAACCUCGUCAUCCUGACCACAGCUGUACUCUUCAGAAUUGUCCUCAAGAGGCGCCUGUCGUGGGUCCAGUGGGCAGCUUUGGUUAUCCUCUUCUUGUCCAUCGUUUCCUUGACGACGGGAUCAGGAGGCAGCCAAAACUCCAACGCUGUGCAGGGUGACCACGCAAACCUGUCCGCCCCGUCCAACUCCUGCCUGCUGUACACUCAGCUUCUGGAGCAGUCAAAGAACAGCAGUGCCGGCGAGUCCUGGAGGGGUGGGGCGGUGAAGAAGCUCCUCUGUCUGGGCGCCGGUCACAUCCUGCUCCUCCUGCAGUGUUUUAUCGCAGCCAUGGCUAACAUCUACAACGAGAAGAUCCUCAAAGACGGAGACCAGCGCAACAAGAGCAUCUACAUCCAGAACAGCAAACUAUAUGCCUUCGGUGUGGUGUUUAAUGGUCUGACUGUCUGGGCUCAAGGUGUCCACAUCCACCAUGACGUUCUGCAAGGACACAACGUCUACUCCCUGUGUUUGGUGCCGGUCACAGCUGCUCUGGGUUUAUCCGUGGCCUUCAUCUUAAAGUUCAAAGACAACAUGUUCCACGUGCUGACGGGUCAGAUCACCACUGUCCUGGUCACUGGCCUCUCCUUCUUCCUCUUCGACUUCCACCCUACACGGCACUUCUUCCUCCAGGCUCCCAUGGUCCUGCUGGCCAUCUUUAUCUACAACGCCAGCAAGCUCAAAGAACCGGAGAACAGCCGGAAGCAGGAAACCCCCCGGGUCAUCAGCGGACAGCGAUCCCAAGGGGACGGUGAGGAGAUGGCGGAGCUUAUACCGAAACACAACACAGACAGCGAAUUGGAGGAGUAGUCUCCACAGCUCUGAUUUUCCAGCUCAAGUACGAGGUUAGAGGAGAUUCCUCUUCACUGUUGCUCUUAUGGAGCUGCACAAUAGAUGCAGCGAGGUCACUAAUUCUGCAUCGAAGCAUUUCUUUGAACUGCGGUCAGCAGAUAAACAGUAUUGAUGAACUCUGUACAUAAUGAAAUGUGCCCGUCUGUCCAUCUUUUUGCUGUCGUUAAUGCAGUGAUGGAAGCACCAGCAAGGAUGUGUGCACUGGAAAAUAUUUGAUGUUUUCCAUUUGGGAUAAUUAAGAGUUUUCUGUUUACUUCUUCUGAUGAUUCCUGUUGUUUAUGCUGCUAUCAGACAGUUUUACGAUUGUAUCAGGCUGUUUUUAAACUGCGUUGAAGCUAAAGGCUUUAAACUCAGACUAAAUAAUGUGGAAAUCUUAAGUAGCAGAGCUGAGUACAGAUAUUAUAAGUGUAAAUGACACAUUAGCAGGACUGUUGUUUACACUAAAGGGAAGUGUGUAUUUUCAAAACCAGAACAUUGAGUGUUGAUAAAUGACGGAGCCCAAUGAAGGUCAAAGUGAGAAUUUUUUGAUUGGUGUCCCCUCAUGUGUUUUAUAAUCCUUCUGAUCAGUUUUGGGAAGCACUACAGUAAGGAGAGAUGCUUUGAUAUUUGUGUUUAUUGCUCAUUAUUCAUUGUAAAGUCUUAGUUUCCAGCUGCUGGUUGCCAUAUUGAAGCUGUAGUUGGAUUUGUGGUUAUCAAGUGGACUUUGGUGGGUCAGUGGAUGUCCAGAUGUUGGUAUUUGAACCUGUGGUGCUUCUAGAACAGAUGUGAGUUUAUUUAGGAGUUUCAACACAACCAAACCUGCUGCACACAAACUACCACUGCUACAACAAAGAAGAACAGAUACAUCAUGGCCUUUAUUUGGGAACCAAAACUAACUUCUCUAAAAUAUUUUCACUGAAUUUUUGAGAAUUUGUCUAUUUUUAAUGCUCAAAAGACAUCUUAUAUGGUAAGCCAUUUUAAGAGUUCAAUAUCACCUCAAAUAGAACUCCCACAGCCAUCAAAUUUGGUGACCAAAACAGACAAAAUUGCUUUCAACAGAACCACAUGAUUGAAGGAGUCCAGGAGAGGACAAUUUUUUAAGUAAUCACCUUUAAAAAUGGAAAAAUAGUUCAACAUUUUCAUGCUUAAAAGUUCUUGUAAUUGUAUAUACAUGUAGAUAUGGAUACCACUACUGCGUAUAUUCACCCUAAGUGUUAUAUACUAUAAUUAGAAUACGUCAUGGCCUUUAUUUGGGAACCAAAACUAAGUUCUCUAAAAUAUUUUUGGCUGAAUUUUUGACAAUCUUUGUAUUUUUGAUGUUUAGAAAACAUCUUUUAUGGUGAGCCACUUUAACAGUUCAAUAUCACCUGAAAUUUAACUGCCAUAGCCAUGACAUUUGGUGAGAAAAUGGGAAAAAAUCGCUUCCAACAGAUCCACAUGAUUGAAUGCCUUGAGUAGAGGACAAUUUAAAAAAAAAAUGUUUCCCUUAAAAAUGGAAAAUGUUGAAAAUUUCAGUCUUAAAAGUUCUGAUGGAUGGAUGCCUUUAUAUACUAUAAUUACAAUACGGCAUGGACUUUAUUGCACCAUUGGCUGCAGCCAUUCCAGUUGUGACCCAGUAACAGAGUGUUUAGGGUUCUUACUGGAUGGGUGCCCGGUUUGGACCAUUUGCUGCAUUUUAUUCCACUAUUUUUUCCCCCCACCAUAAAGUAAAGACAUAAAAAUGCCCAGAAAAGUCUAAACUGUGUAAUCCCACACACUCUAUAGACAGAGCCAGCAGCAGUCUAUAGGCUGAAACUCAUUAUAGCACAGCUCCUACAGUCAGUGCUACCUUGUUUUUAAUGUGUGCAGCAUUAACCACAUGCAGCUACAUGCAACUAAACAAACUGUCAUAGAAGCAGCGCAGGUUCAAAUAGUAGCAGCUGGACGUCCAAACGAAAGCAGCAACCAGAGCUUCAGCAUCACAAGAAGCAGCUGGAAACUGUCGGAGAUGGGCUUUUUAAGAUGAGUAAUGAGCAAUAAAUGCAUCAUCUGUCUCUUCAGAGGAAAGGCAGUGGGUUAUAGCUGGACUGUGGAUCAGAAGGAAUGAAAAACAAACUGUGAGACAACACAGAAAGUCAAAACAUUCUGACCUUUAGAGGUUUCUCUGUACAUAAUGGACCACUGAUGCCUGAAAGCACAACAGACUGGUUCCUGCUUUGGCCUUUUUUUUUUUUUUGCUGAACUGUGAAGUAUCUCUGAAGGUUGACGUUGGUGCCAUAAAAUCUUCAUAUGUACGAAUACCGAUUGUUGUGAAAUAAACCGCCAGUAAACAGUUUGAA